CUCUGGCUGUUUGGAGAAGAUGAAGUUUGGUCAUCACAUGCUGUGAAAGGGCAGGGCAUUUUGGUUGCUUUUUAAACCAGUUUAACAGGUAUAAAAACUUCUUACCAAGUGGUGCUGGUGAGUGGGGUCUGUCUGAAGGGCAAGAUCCUGCUGGAAUCUGUUCAAAUACCAGCAAACUGAUGUGCCAAAGCUAACUUGUGAGUUCUUCCUUGUUCCAGCAAAGAUAACACAGUGUUAUGAUGUUUCCCUAGGUUAAAGACGACAGAAGUUGAAAACACUCUCCCAAAAAUACCCUCCUGGCUUUGCUCUGGGGCUCCCCUCCCUCUCCAGGAUGGCAGGUGGCAUCACUGAUACCGGAGAGCUUUACUCUCCCUAUGUUGGCCUGGUGUACAUGUUCAACCUCAUCGUUGGAACAGGAGCCCUGACCAUGCCCAAGGCCUUUGCCACAGCAGGGUGGCUCGUCAGCCUCAUCCUCCUGAUGUUCCUGGGAUUUAUGAGCUAUAUGACAACGACCUUUGUGGUGGAAGCCAUGGCUGCUGCAAAUGCCCAGCUGAGAUGGAAGAGAAUGGAAAAACGCAAAGUUUGUGAGGAUGAUGAAGACGAAGAUUCUUCCUCUGGAGUGUCUGACAGUGAUGUUCUCCUCCAAGAUGGCUACGAGCGAGCAGAGACGCGGCCUAUCCUGUCAGUUCAGAGGCGUGGCUCAGCCAAUAUCUUUGAAAUCACUGAGAGGGUGGAAAUGGGUCAGAUGGCUUCCAUGUUCUUCAAUAAAGUGGGUGUCAACCUCUUCUAUUUCUGCAUAAUUAUCUACCUCUAUGGAGAUCUGGCAAUCUAUGCAGCAGCGGUGCCAGUCUCCCUAAUGCAGGUGACCUGCAGUGUCACUGGCAACCAUUCUUGCAGUGUUGGAGAUGGCACAAAGUACAACGACACGGACAAGUGCUGGGGGCCAAUUCGAAGGAUUGAUGCUUACAGGCUGUAUCUGGCAGCAUUCACGCUCCUCCUGGGUCCUUUCACCUUCUUCAAUGUGCAGAAGACCAAGUAUCUUCAAAUCAUGACGUCCCUCAUGAGAUGGAUAGCUUUCAUCCUCAUGAUUAUUCUGGCCCUCAUCCGCAUCAGCAGAGGCCAAGCUGAAGGUCACCCGUCCAUGGCCCAGCUGUCGGGCAUCCGUAAUCUGUUCGGGGUUUGUGUCUACUCCUUCAUGUGCCAGCACUCCCUGCCAUCCCUCAUCACCCCCAUCUCCAAGAAGAAGCACGUCAACAAGCUCGUGCUGCUCGAUUACAUCCUGAUCCUGGCGUUCUACAGCCUCCUGUCCUUCACUGCCAUUUACUGCUUCCGCAACGACACCCUCAUGGACAUGUACACGCUCAACUUCACCAACUGUGAGAUCAUCAGCGUGGCCUUCAUUCGCUACUUCCUGGGCCUCUUCCCGGUCUUCACCAUCAGCACCAAUUUCCCCAUCAUCGCAGUGACCCUGCGCAACAACUGGAAGACCCUUUUCCACAGAGAGGGGGGCACCUACCCGUGGGUGGUGGACAGGAUUGUCUUUCCUGCCAUCACGCUGAUUCCCCCAGUGCUGGUGGCUUUCUGCACCCACGAUCUGGAGUCCUUGGUGGGGAUCACGGGAGCCUAUGCUGGGAACGGGAUCCAGUAUCUCAUCCCAGCUUUCCUGGCGUACUGCAGCCGGAAGGACACUCAGCUGGUGUUCGGCAGUGGGACAGUGAACAAGCACCUCUCCCCUUUCCGGCACAGCUUCUGGAUUGUGUUCGUGCUCAUCUGGGGUUUCUCCUGCUUCGUGUUUGUGACUGCAAACAUUGUCCUGAGUGAGUCAAAGCUCUGAUGGAGCUCCAGAGACUCUAGCAUUUCAGCUCCCCCUCUGGAACUCUGCAGUGAGGGGGAGAGGCAAUAUGAAGGGAAGUUUCCAGGCUGUUGCAUGGUGACACAGACUUUCUUCACCCCACUUUGGGUAUGGGUGGAGCGGACUCAGCCUUGUUACAGUUCUGGUUCUCAGACAAAGCCCUGGGGCUGAGCCCUUGGCAGCCUACACCAUUAACCAGUGUCCAGCCAUUCCUGCCUUUGGCUCUGUCAGAGGAGCACGUUCUCUGUCUGUCCCUCUGUGGUUCUCUGUGUGCUGCAGGUCUCGGCACACAGGAGAGAGACAGCCUUGGUUGCAUCACUAAAUGUCCCUUCUCCCAAAGGCAGGAAUGUGCUGUGCAGAAUCCAGCAGGAGUUUGGGAUAACUGAGUCUCUUCUUUCUGCUGAGACUUCAGACCAACCUCCUGUGCCAGCUGAAGGAAAACAUAAGGGUGGAAAUAGACCUAAUUCAGAAGGAAAUAAUUUUGUGCUGUUAUAUUUUCUUUUUCUAGAAGCAUUAUCAUGUUUGUGCACAUUGCCUGGGAUUGGGGAUCUUUUGCUUAGAGCUGGAUUUCUCCAGCCUGGGAGUUUACAUUCACGCUUCCAUCCUGUUCUCCUGUUCUGUGGCAGCUCGGUUGGGCAGAGCAAUGCCCCUCUGCAUGCAGGGAUGUAGCUCUUCCCAUUGGAAGGGAAAUCAGCACCGGCACAGGACUCGGAGCUUUCCACUGGCAGAGCCCUUCUCCCUUUUUCAGCUUUGCCCGAGGCUGGUACAAGCAGCCAGGCCCUGACUCCAGCGGCCGGGAUUGGGAUCGGUGUGAGCUGGGAGGUGCUAAUUACCCAGUCCUGACACGCGAGAGGCUCUGGCUGUGCACACUGAUGCGUUCCCGGCUCCCGCGUUGGGUAAUUAGCCUUGAAACAAGGUGGGUGUUAACUCAGGGGAAUGAGCCGGUGCCAGGAGGAAGCGGCCGUGCCCUGGCUCAGCUUUGCCUGCAGCAGCAGAGCUCCCGAAACAAGGGAGCAAAACCUGAAACCCUGCUGGAAUUGGGCUUGAAUUCCCCCUCUUGUCCUUCUACACAGGGCUAAGGUGGGCUUGGGGCUGCUCCUGCUCUGCUUCUUUUGGAAUUGGGCUGCUCCUACCUUGGGCAGCUCUAGGAGAGACUCUGCUUUUAGGGUGACUGUGGUCGCUGUAACACCACACUUUGUCACCGGGUCCUGUGUUCAGAAGCCCUGGGGCACAGAUUAUACGGGGUUUCCUGACAGAAAGAAGAACUUUAAAAGUUUUCCCCUGAACUAUUCUUAACCCCCUGUUAUCAAAGCAGGUUCAGAGCCAGGUGCAUGGCAGAUCCUCCUGCCCUCUGCACUUACUGCAAUAUUAAAUGUCAUCGCUCACUAAAGCAAGCUUUGAACUGCAGCUCUUUUUAAUCAAGCUCUGUUUUCAAGUAGGACUUUCUGGUUUCCAUAUGACCUGAAGUGCUCCUCCUGGGGGAAUAUGCAAGUACCUGGAGCUGUAUAAAACCACUUCAUGGCUUUUAAAGCAAAACCCUGCACCUCUCAAGCCUGAGCACCGCCACUGUGUCCUUGCCGAGCUGCCUGGAGAGAAUUUGGAGAGACUGUUCAUCUUCUCUCCAGUUUCAUCCUAAACAGGCAUUGGCAGCCCUUGCUAGUGAGUUUAACAUCCCCAAGUGCUUCUGGAAAGCUGAUGUGGCAUCUUCACUACCAAAUUAAGAAGGUAUUUUACAGGUAUCUGGUGCUGGUGUCUUGUUUAGGAAGCAGUUUGGAGGGCAGAUUCAUGGGGCAGCUGUGCUGGGAGCCUCCUGUGUGGCAGCUGGGAGCUGGGCAGAGCUGGCAGGAGGAUUGAAUGCAUUGAUGAAAUGAGCCUUUGGAAGCUGGAGAUGCUGAGGGGGCUGUUCCUCUGCAUGAGUGUGCAGGUGUGGGUUCAUGGAGGGGCUGAGGGCUGUCUGCCCUGAGCUGCCCAUGUGUUGCAAGGCCCUUGGCUCAGCCCCUGCCCUCCACAUGCCCAUUUCAGUCGCUUGCCUUCACAUUUCAUUGCAGCCAGGCAACAGGGCUGUUCUUUCAUCUCCUUUCACCCUCCCUUCUCAGGAGGGAGGGAACCCAGCCUGGCACCCUCUUUCCUACCAUCUCUUGCAUUUAAAGAUGUGCCUUCUUUUCCCUGGCCUGUGUGUUCCCCUCUCCCCCUCAACAAUGCCUGACAGUGACUUCUGAGGGGCUGCUCCUCCAAGACCUGCUUGGAUCUAGGUUUUGGAUGCAAUGGGAUGCUGAGGGCUUGUGUUCCAGCCCCUGCCUUUGCCGUGGUACCUUACCGGGAAGGACUGUGCUCCCCAAGGAGCAUGAGUUCUUCUCAAAUAAAUAACCAUGAAUUCCCAGACACCUGCUGUCCUUGCACAGCAGCAAAACAAAUAUAUCCGAAGAAUUGGGGUGAUUAACAGAAAGAAGCUCUACAGCAGAGAACAUUUUUCAUAUAAAACAUGACAUAGCAAUGCCUUAAAAAUUACUUGAGAAAGCAGGAAGGGGAUGGUUCAGUGCAGCCAGCACUGGCUGAGGGGAUGCUGGGUGACCCCGUGGUGCAGGGCACAAGCUCUCUCACUCAUCACGAAUAAGUCUAUUUUUAUUUGGCCAUUAUCAGCACUAACAAUUCGUUAUUGCAGAUUCACACAUGAUGCUUUGUCCUGACUGUAAUUAGUUUUAAAAAAAUGGGAUUAAAACCAAUAAAAUGUACAUUAUACAUCUGGUUUGA